AUGUCUGCCCAACAGCCGUCGCACUUCGACCGCUACAUCGUCAUUCAUGUGGCUACCACCUGCGACGAGCACGGCGUGUACGUGACCAAGGACUCGGCCGAGGUCAUCGAGUUCGGAUGGAUCGAGUUGGAUGGCAAAACUCUCGAGGAGCUUCACCGUGAGAGCGUCCUCGUCAAGCCCAUCAACACGCCCAUCACUCCUCUCUGCACCAGCCUGACAACCUUGACAUGGGAGCACGUUCGCAAUGCGGGCACCUUCCGUGACGCCAUCAACCGCUUCGAUGCCUUCGCAACCGAACGCCUGACGUCCCAGAACCUGGACUUCGUCUUUGUCACCCUUGAUGCCUGGGACCUGCGCGUCCAGCUGCCCCGUGAGGCUCGCGACAAGGCUGUAGUGCUACCCCCCUACCUGCAGCACUCGCGUACCUUCGACCUGCGAACCGAGUACCAGCGCUGGCAACAACACCAUCCCGAGUCGCUGCCCUUCGGCCCUUCGAUGCUCUCUAACAUCUGUGCUGCGCUUGAGGUCGAACCCGUGCAGUCGAGCGCUCCCAUCAAGCACAACCUGCCCUUCCACCUGCAAGCCCUCGCUCCCGCCUCCCCCCGCCGGGCUAUGGAGGAAGCUGUGACUCUGGCUCGCGUUCUCCGCGGCCUCAUCCGCAAGUCUCAGCCUGCACAUGAGCACCCAGAUGUCCUCACCCGGCCCAUGGAUGCCCGCUCCGAUGUGCGGGCUUUCCUGUCUGAGCGCAGCAAAGUGCUCCACAUGUCUGGCCUCCCCCACGAUACGACCCAGUCCGAGUUGGAAAGCUGGUUCACACAGUUUGGUGGAAGACCAAUUGCGUUCUGGACUCUGAGGACCCCGGAGCAGCACAAACCCACUGGGACCGGCUUUGCUGUGUUCUCAUCUCACGAAGAGGCUGCUGAGAGCCUUUGCAUGAACGGUCGGGCAUUGAACGAGAAGGCCAUCGAAGUUUCACCGUCCUCUAGCAGAGUUCUGGACCGGGCCGCCGAGAUUCUUACCCCGUUCCCUCCCAGCAAGAACCGCCCUCGCCCGGGUGAUUGGACUUGCCCUAGUUGUGGAUUUUCCAACUUCCAGCGACGGACUGCUUGCUUCCGCUGUUCAUUCCCUGCUUCUCACAUGAACAACGGUCCUCAGAGCGAGAUGGGAUACCAGGGUGGUGGUGGCGGCGGCGGCGGCUAUGGUGGCGGUUAUGGAGGUCCUAACAUGAUGCCUCCUCCCCACCAUGGAGGAGGACACCACCACAACAUGGGACACCACGGUGGCGGUCGCAUGGGCGGCAGCGGUGUGGUGCCUUUCCGCGCCGGUGACUGGAAGUGCGGCAACGAAGUGUGCGGCUAUCACAACUUCGCCAAGAACGUUUGCUGUCUGCGAUGUGGCGCCAGCAGGGCCGGAGCCGCUGUUGUUGCUGACUCUGCCUAUCCCGGCUCUCCCAUGGACGGCGGAUCCAACUAUGGUAUGGGUUCGAACUCGAUGGCUGGCACUCCUGGCCCUGGUCCAUAUGCUGCCGCCGCCGCCGCUCCCUUCGGCGGAGCUGGUGGCGGCUACGGCCAGCACUUCGGUGGACCUCCCAGCACUUAUGCUCUCCCCUCCGGCAUUGGUGGUGGUGCCGCGCCCUACCCAUCCCUGAACACUCACCUCGGCCCUGCCCCGGGAUCCCACUCCGCUGGUGGUUUCGAUAGCCGUGCUGCUGAGGCUGCUUUCCAGUCCGCUAACAACGGUCCUGCCUCUGCUGGCCCGUCCAACAACUACUUCAACUCCCAGUCCGAGAACGACCCUUUCGCCUUCCUCUCCUCGGGCAUCGGCAACCUCUCGGUCAGCGGCGACGCGCGUCAGAACGGCUCUGGCGCGGGAGGCCCGCCCAGCAAGUCCCCAGGCGCCUAA